AUGAAGUUUCUACCUGACGGGCUGAGAAACCCGGUUGUGAUCAAGAGGAGGCUGUCAGCGACGGUCGCGGGUCCUGCGUCGCUCCUAUCGAGCGGCAGUGACUCUAGCUCGCUGCAGGUGCCCGGCACGCCAACAUCCAUGCCGGCGCCGCUGUCGCCAGAUAGCAGCAACAACAUUAGUGGUUACAGCAACACCGCCCGGUUGUCGACAACUGGCCUAUUCUACGACCUACCACCGGAAAUAUACGAAAACAUUAAGCCGCUCCUGACUCUGUUUAAGGCGCAGGCUCACAGAGAGUACUACUCAUGGGUGGACGGCCCCUCGGCGUCUCAAUGGUCCGCGACGUUCAUGGACGGGUCCACUGCGGAACUCGCAUCGCUGAGUUUCGUCGGGGACACAGUCAGGAUCGUUCCAAGAGACACUAACAGGGAGUACACGAUGCCACUCAUCGUGGGGGACAACGCGGGUGCGAACUACACAGUGGAGGACUCGCGUGUCUGUUUCACGAACCCGCGUGUCACACUCUCCUGUGCGUCGGACGGGGAACUUGCCAAGCUCGUAAAGUUACUGUCAUUGUCCGUGUUCGAACGGAUCUCACUGUACAAGUCGCUGACAGGUACGGUCAUCGCGAACAUGGGGAAGCAUCUACCGGACAUCAAGAUCAUCCUGAACUCGCCACACAACUUCAAGGACUGGUGCGAGGUGUACCUGGAGGGUACUGGGUGGGUCAAGGCGUGGUGCCACAUCAACAGGGACGCGCGGUCGGGCAAGGACCCCAAAGGGAAGUGCCAGAUCAAGAUAUACACGCAGAACAGGAGCGCGGACCCCUCCGCGGCGUCGAACCUCGUGUGCUAUAUCCCGGACUGUGACUACAUCCAGGACAUCUUUUUCUACAACACUGCGGACGCCGAUUUGGACCCAGUGUCGUUUCUGCAGAACCUAAACACAAUCAGGAUUCUGGGCGACGUCCGCUACUCGAACGAGUACAACAACAUCGGGGGCACGACGGGGAAGAGGAAGAUGUUUUCCCCACGGAGGAGGGUCUCGACGAGCUCUAUAAAGCUCAAGUCCGCGACGCAGCACGAGACGAGACAGACGGGGCUGCUGGUACGGCCUAUCGCGCACAACGGGCUCUCCCACUUGGGAGCCAUGACACGGUUCAUUAUCCCCAUGUUUGACAUUGCAAGGAAGUACGGACGUCCCGGCAAAUUCGUCACUUCGAGACAGGACAGCGACUCCCUGAUGUUCGCCCUGCCAAGACUGCCAAAGACGCGGUUCUUGGCGGAGGACCAGAUCCCGGGAUUUCUAGCGAACGCUGGGACCGCGGGGGGUGACCCGCUAGCCGCAGCAAUGGUUACUGUUUCAGAAUACAUCGGUGCGACGUUAUCAACUUGA